UGUGCCGGACACUGUGCUUGAGAAUCUCGACUUCCGCAAUUCUGUCCGAUAUCUUCUCAACGACUCGUCUUUAGCAGUCAACAACACAGCCAGUGAAUUCUUGUUUCUACAUGUCAAUAGUACAGACUAACUUAUAAGCACUUGGGGUACAUACAAUAUGCGUCCAUCUCUGUUAAGACUGGCAUCAGCCGCAAACACACAACGAGGCCUUAAGCCCAACCCUACUGCCCUUCUUCCUCCUAUUCCUUUAUACCGCCGACUCCUCCGUGCCCAUCGCAAGCAUUUACCAGCUGAGAUGAGAGUUCUUGGAGAUGAGUACAUCAAGGCUGAAUUUAGAGCACACAGAAAGGUGGAUAAUCCGGCUCAUCUGAUUGGCUUCCUGACAGAGUGGCAAAUGUAUGCGCAAAAAAUUGAAGGUGAUCAGUGGGUGGGUGACAAGCUGGACGAGCAGAAGCUCUCAAAGAUGAGUGAUGAACAGAUACACCAACUAUACGAGUUGAUGCAGGCCAUUCAAAACCGGAGCAAAGAGGGUGGCGAGCAGGAGUCAUAGAUAUAGUCUCAUGGAGAAGAGAAAGUCCAUGAUUGAAGAAUUUAUGGUCAUAUAGCGAAGACUAAGGUAUAACCCAGCGUUUUGCUAAGUUUAUUGACUUGG